AUGUCCUUCUCCAACGGCGGCGGUGGUGGCACUCUGGCACUGCCCUCGCCCACCCACGUCCAUCAUAUGGACCCGACCACGGUGCGCAAUCUUCGAAGGUCCAUGUCACGAUCGCCCUCCAAACUCCUUCCACGAACAAGCUCUCAAGGUUCAGAUAGGGCACGACAGGGCUCACAUUCUCCGUGCCGACGGAUCAUUACCACACCACUCCAACAACGCCCAGUGCUGAGGCCUCCGCAAUCGGCUCCGCCAGCUGUCAGCUCGACGGUUUCUUCCAGUGCCCCGUCCCUGUCACCUGCGCAAACACCCCUUCGGCCAGGUGUCAAACUUUCGCUCCGAGCUGGCUCUACUAAAAGCUCGAAAAUCACAACUCCUUCACGAAUCACCCGGACACGAGCGUCCUCAAAGAGCCCGUUGAAGCGGGCCUUGAGCGCCACGCCUGAUUCGGGAAACUCGAACUCCUCGCAGUCGCCAACUUAUCCUCCACGGGGCCCUAGGUUCUUCGACCAGGAAAACAACAACGGCAUUAACGACACUCCCAGCCGCUCUGUUCCGCGAAAGGCCAUCGAAAGAUCGACUCGACAUAGUGUGCAAUCUGACCUUGCGCAGGCCCCUCAGUUUUCGUUUCUGAAGACACUGGAUUCCAUCAGCGACUCUUCCAUGCUUCCCACGGCAGGUGCCCUCAAGCGCAGCGACGCAACGAUGAACUUGGACAAGUCGAACCAUGGCAGCCCGGUCGCCAAGCGACGAAGCCUGCACGGCAUUGUGAGCUCUGUGCAGGCGGAAGAUGUGAACGUCUUCGGCUCGGGCGCGUCGCCGCCGAGCGCCUUCGAUAUACACGAAGACGCAUUUGCUGAGUACGAGCUCUCUGGCAUUUCGGGGGCUGCUCUACGGGAUGCCCUAGCGUCCCAUACUUCUACAUCCAGCAUUCCGAAACGGUCCUCGUCUCUCCGGCGGUCAACGUUGCAGCAACGCUACGGUGAAAAGACUUCAUGGGGGAAACGGUCUGGUGAGCGACAGCUUUCGCAGCUUGGCGGUGAAUUUUCGACGCCUGUCAGGCACCGCCCGCGUCUCUCUACUGACUCAUUCGUGCCCCCGUCAGCGGUUCGAGAGAAUCCCUUUGCGCCCAGCGCGGCCGUUUCCACCGCGGAGAACAAGAAUCACCAGCCUCACCCGCUGUCCAAGACGCUGACCACCUCCACAUCUGGCAACAGUUUGACUGAGGAGCAGUCGCUCUAUGCGCCAGCAAAGGUUGCGCAACGGCCGCAUCCAUUUUCCAGGUCCCUGCCCCCGGGGGCCAGUCGACCCACCGCUCGAUCUUUCAUCGAGCAGAGGGCUGCCAUCGCAACGCCAAACCAAUCGCACCAGCUUUGGGUCGGCGCAUUCAGCUCCACCGGCCUCGUUUCCAAGGUCAACCGAAACCCGGAGGAGGAAGCUGAGAAGAAGAUGGCGCCCCCUGAUACGCCGUGCAAAAAGCACAUCAACCCGUUCGCAACCUUCCCACCGCCCACAGGCAGUUCUGGGAAGAAGAGGGGAAGCACUCGCUACUCGUUCGGCGGCAUUCCUUCCACCCCCUUCCAAACCUCCGUCCUGGCUCGUGCCCCCGAUACCGUUGCCAACCCUUCCAAAGGUCUGUCCAUUUUCCAACGCAGCAGCGCUAUGGCCUCCCGCCGUGGAAGCAUUCUCAGCGUUGAUGGCGACGACCGGAAAUUGUUCGCCGAUAGUCUUGACCUCGCAACCUCCGCCGAAGGCGAAGAAGCCCCCCCAACCCCGACCAAGAAUCUUUUGACGCCAAGCUUCAGCGGCCUGAGCAGCCUUAGUGAAAGUUCUCAGGAGAGCCCAAGUGCCAAUCGAACCUUUGCGCUCUCCUCGUCAACGGUCAAGGCAACACCAUCACGACCAAUCAGCUCGAGCCCUGCCGAUGGAAGACGCACCCCUCAGACCCCCCAGGACAGCCUCUUACCACUAGAUGCCAGCCGUUUGUCCAUCUCCCGCACUGGGGAGGGUCGGGGAGACACAACCAUGCCGCCACCGGUUACGCCCACCACGUCCCGAGAUUUCCGAUCAUCCAUGAGUAUCUUUGUCACGCCGGUCAAUGGUCGCUCCAGCAACGUGGACGUGGACGCCAGCCUCCAUUCCAAGUUUGACAAGGUUGAGCAGAUUGGCAAGGGCGAGUUUUCCACGGUCUACCGUGUCACCAAGCAGGAUCACCAGAAUGCCUCUGUAUCUUCUUUCACUCCAACUGAUAGCCCCAGGAAGAGUCCUGCCGAGAGCCAGGUCUCCAAGAGCCAGGUCUUUGCCGUCAAGAAGAGCAAGCAGCCGUAUCAUGGCCCCAAGGACAGGGAUGCAAAGCUGCGCGAAGCUCGAAUCCUACGGGCCCUGGCACAUUCUGAGCAUGUCGUGCAAUAUAUCGACGAUUGGGAGCAUAACUUUCAUCUCUAUAUACAGACCGAGUUUUGUGAAGAGGGAACCCUGGAUAAGUUUUUGGCCAACAUCGGACAGAUUGGUCGAUUGGAUGAUUUCCGCAUCUAUAAGAUCUUGCAAGAUCUUUGCUUGGGACUGAAGGAAAUUCAUGACGCUGGAUUCAUGCAUCUGGACAUGAAACCAGCCAACAUCUUUGUUACCUUCGAAGGAGUCCUCAAGAUUGGCGAUUUUGGGUUGGCGCAGGCCGUUUCUGAAGACGUGCAUCUGGACAUUGAGGGCGACCGUGAAUACAUGGCGCCAGAAAUGUUGGAAGGCAAAGCCGACCAGUCUGCCGACAUCUUUUCUCUGGGUCUCAUGACUCUGGAAAUCGCAGCCAAUGUGGUGCUUCCCGACAACGGGCCUACAUGGGUUGCUCUGAGAUCUGGUGAUCUUUCCGAGGUGCCGAGCCUCACCUGGACGCCGUCAAGCGAUGUCCAGCGAGAUGCACUUGGUAAUCCGACCGAGUCCGCGAUGAGCGAUGAUCUCCGGGCCGAGAGAACACGCAGCCCUGGCAACUUGUUUGGCUCUUUUAAGCGAUCGGAACUUCACCAGCCUCCUGAAUUUAUGGUUGAGGCCUUCCACCCCAGCUCCCUCGAUUCCAUCGUUCGCUGGAUGACGCAGCAGGAGCCUGAAGAUCGACCGCGCGUCGAGGAGAUCCUGGCCCUGGAAGGCAUGCAGUGGGUGGCAGAGCACCGCAAUGCGCCCGCCACUGUCUACGAAGGCAACUGGGGCCCCUCGGAGCUGUUUCCCAUCUCCAUCGCUCAUGACACCAGCGAUCUCGACAUGAUGGAUGUGUAA